CCUUGCAAGUUGCAAUAUAUCUUAUCAGUUAUCACGGAGAGGAACGUGAAAUAGGAUUCACGAAAUUCCUGCCAUCCAAGCAGUAAUGACUGUGUAUCAGGAUAAAAAUCAAUGUUGAUAAUGGAAGCAUGGAACAUCACUAUACAGCUUUAACUAACACUUGACAUGCAGUUUAAUCUACAGGCAAAAUAAACCUUAGAGACCAAAUGGCUUCCUUAAAGAUUUGAUAAAAACAUGCAACUUGAUGAAAGAAAUAUUCCCAAAUAAACUACAAAUUUUAACAUUUUCAAUAUUCAUCAACAAACAGUAAAGAAAGAAUAUGAAAUGAGAAAUCAGUCUUGAUCAUCAAUACAUAUGCCUCUACUGAUACAACACCAAAAGCUUGCAAUAACGGCCAAACGACACAAUAAGCAUUUGUUGAACACUUACUCACGAGUCAUGUCAUAACAAGUGAGAAAAUGCACAUUAGAAUUGAUAUAUAAGUACCAACAUGGCGUUAAAUGUAAUGCAAAGCAGAGACUAGGCGGAGUGCAUUAGUGAAUCAUCAAAAUUCUUGAUGCAUGUGCUUGCAAUCAUCUGUGCUGUUACUACAUGAGAAGGAAAACACAAUGAAGUUAUUGGAUAUAGUUUAUGGCAGUUUUGGUGUAUUAUGUAAAGAUGUGUUUAUUUCCUAAUAUCUUUCCUAGGUCUUGUCUAUUUAAGGAGUUUACUUAGGCUCCAAGCCCUAGAGCUACUAUAUAAUGUAAACGCUUCCGCAAUUCAAUACCAAGUCAAUUGACACAAUUUCUGAUGUUUAUCAUGGUAACAGAUUCAAUGGUUAUUUGAUCCUCAAAUUAAUUUUUUUUACGCUUCUCCGCGGCUGCCCCCUUUUCUCUAGCGCAUCCUCAACAACUUCCUCCAUCAUUGCAGCCUCUUUGAGGGGUACUUUGGUCCAGCGCAGGAUAGCAGGAACAAUCAUAGUCUUGUUUCCUCGACAGGUUUGGUUAGUUUUUCUAUCAAUCUGUCUCCAUGGGGGGUUCUGGUGAUAGUGGUAAAAGUAAUGCCUCUUCUAUUUAUUAUUUACAUCUUUCAAAAGGUCCUACUAAUUCUCUUUCGAAAUAUCUGUUAAAAGAGAAUAGUUAUGAUAUAUGGGAGAAGGUUAUUGUGAAUGCUUUGGAGGGUAAAAAUAAAUAUGGUUUUGUUAAUGGUGAUUUUGCUAAACCUACUGAUGAAACUGGGCCAGAAUUUGUGGCAUGGAAGGCUAAUAAUUCGACUAUUUGCUCAUGGAUUUUCAAUUCGGUAGAUGAGUCGAUUCAACCUAGUGUCGUUUCUCAUAAAAUUGAUAAAGAUAUGUGGAUUGAUUUGAAGGAACGUUAUUGUGUUUCUAAUGGACCUCGCCUAAAUCAACUGAUAUCUGACUACCAUUCACUAUGUCAGAAAAAUCUCUCAGUUGUGUGCUAUUACAACAAAUUUGUGGCAUUGUGGGAUGAAUUGUACGGGAAAGAAGAUCUACUCUGUGGUUGCACCUGUGCGGCUGCCGUUAAGCUCCGUGCUUGUAUAGAAAGAGACAAAACUCAUGAUUUUGUCUUAGGUCUUGAUGAUGAACAAUACAAGGCAUUGCGUACUCAAAUACUCAGCAUGGAUCCCUUUCCUAGUUUAAACAAAGCAUUUUUUUUAGCAUCUCAGGAGGAACAAUACAUGAGUAUUAUUCGUGAUCGUGAUGAUAAAACUGAUAUUGUGAGUUUUGCAGUUCAAUCCAUAUCUAACACAACCAUGAAUGAUGCUCAACAGUCAUCUUCUGCAGAUACUCAGUCCGGUCCACCAACGUGCAAUCACUGUGGCAGAAUUGGCCAUGAUUAUUAGCGUUUCUAUCAACGCAUUGGGUUUCCCCCUAGCACGCGUGGUGGUCGCAGUGGUCGGGGUAGGGGUGGUCGUGGCCGAGGGGGAGCUCCAGGAGGUCGUGGCUUGCCUCCUCCCCUGCACGCUGCAGCAGCAAACGCUGCCCAGCAACCAACUAGCAGUAACAACGCAAGCAAUGUGUGUGAUUCCAACAACAUCAACUCUUUUCCCUUCUCCAAUGACCAACUGCAGAAGAUUUUGAACCUUCUGGAGAAUGCAACGUCCAGUGAUAAAUUAUUUGACUGCAUAACGAGGACGACGAUUGGCCUCGGUGAGCUAAGGAAUGAGGUGUAUGUCUUUCGGGAGAUGGAUCAACCUAUUUAAACUCAUGCUACUACAGCGGAAUCCGCUCUUCUAUUACAUAGUUGUCUAGGUCACCCGUCGAGUCAACAUUUAUCUUAUAUUUUUAGUGCUAGUAAAAACAGCAAAAUAAAGAAAGAGCUAGACUCUUGUGAUGUGUUUUUUUGGGCUAAACAAACUCGUCCCAUUUUUCCUUUAAGUGAGAAUAAAGUAGAAGAUUUAUUUUGUUUAAUUCACUGUGAUUUAUGGGGUCCAUAUUCUAAGCAUUUGUCUUCUGGUUCUCAUUAUUUUCUAACGAUUGUUGAUGACUACUCAGGUGCAGUUUGGGUAUAUUUAAUUGAAGAGAAGAGUGAAGUGCCCGGUUGUAUACGUAAUUUCUAUGCUAUGGUAAAAACACAAUAUGGUAAAAUUAUCAAACUCAUAUGGUCUGAUAAUGGCACAGAAUUUACCAAAACAUCAUUGUUACAAUUCUAUCAGGAAAUGGAAAUUUUAUUUCAAACGUCAUGUGUUGGUACACCACAAAAAAAUGGACGGGUUGAACGAAAACACAUAAAUAUUUUGGAAGUGGCUCGUGCCCUGAUGUUACAGGCUUUUCUUCCAAUUCGUUUUUGUAGUGAUUUUGUCCAAGCUGCAGUGCACUUGAUUAACAGAACUCCUACUAAAUUGUUGGUAGGAAAAUCAUCAUAUGAGAUACUAUUUGGAAAGACGCCUAACUUGGAUUUAUUGAAGGUGUUUGGAUGCUUGUGUUAUGCUCAUAACAAGCCACGAAAAAAGGACAAGUUCGCUACUCGUAGUCAAAGGUGUGUGUUUUUGGGCUAUCCUUUUGGCAAGAAAUGAUGGCGGGUAUAUGAUUUGGAGACAAAGGAGGUGUUUGUAUCCAGAGACGUUCGCUUCAUUGAAGAUGUUUUUCCAUUUGCUGCUGAAUCUCCUGUUGAAACUACUCCACCUCCCAGUACAAUGGAGUUCACAGAUUUGGAGUUUGGCAUAUUUGAACAGCCUACAGUGACCCCACCCACCUCAUCUGUGUCUGAUGAAAGAGGGAGUAAUUCAUAUCCCCCUCUUCUUGCUCCUACAACUACUGUAGCUACGACUCCGAUUGUGUACAAUAGGCGACCUCGCACUACUCAACGUGCAAGUACUUCUGGUGGACCAUGGGACUAGCAACUUUGUACCUCCCAGGCCACCACCUGUUGUACAUUUAUUUUUGGACAAGGCAGUGUUAGCAGGCUCACCUACUACACCUAUCACAACAACACCUUCCCGUGAACUCGAGGCUUCGGCUCCCAUCGAUGAUGCCCCAGCUCCGCGUCAAUGACGUCCUCCUUCAUUGAACACUGAUUUUAUUUGUCAUUCAGAUCAACAUUAACACCCUACUUCCACGACCUCCGAGCCAUCGUUAUCCUUAGGUACACGGUUUCCUAUAGCAUAUUAUGUGACUUAUGAUAAGUUUAAUGCUAGUCAUAGAAAAUUUGUUGAUGCUUUAAGUGCUGACAAAGAGCCCAGGUCCUUGUAGACACCUACAUUUGUCCCUAGGCCUGAUGCGGUGUGUUCGAUGAUGAAACCAAAC